CGUCAACUGGUCGUUUAUUUAUGCGCCAUUUUGAACCAUGGCAACGAACAAGCUCCUGGUUAAAUUUUAAACUAUUUUAACUGAAUUUGAUAGAAAAAACGCAAACAUUGAUCAGGAAAAGUUGAUAAAAACCAAACAUGUAUGACAGAGCACCCCGCGAUAUAUCAAAAGUUGUAGGUAGUACUGCACAAAAUGUUGGGCCUGGUUCUUAUGAUGCAGAUGCUCCACCCAAGACCAGGUUUAAAGCAGAUGGAUAUGCCCCAUUUUUGUCAAUGACAAGCAGGGAGACCUUCUUGAACAUUACUGACCAGGUGGUGGCUGCCCCAGGGCCAGGUCACUAUGACCCAGGAUUCGCACAAGAUGCUAUAAAGGGAGGAAAAACUCUUGCCAAUAAGUCUAAAAGGUUUACAGAACAACCUAUUGAAAACCCUGGACCUGGAGCAUAUAAUGUUGAACGUUAUACAGAGUUCCGGCAGAGCAGAUCUGCUCCACAGAUGCAGGACAAAAAUAAAUCUAUGGGGCUUGUCACCAGCCAGCUGAAAUUUCAUCGUAAACCUGACGCCCCAUCAAUCCCCACCCCAGGGCAAGCAUAUGGGUACGAGGAGUGUGAAGAUGGUACAUUGAAGAAACAAGACCCACCAGACAGAGAUAUCUCCCUCGGUCCUGCUUUCUAUGGUGUUACACAUGAUUCAAAACCCAAUGAAACUAAGACAUCCAAAACAUACAAAGGUGUCCAUUUUGGUAAACUGACAUCUAAAAGAUCAGAUUUUGUUGGUAAGCCAGGACCCGGGCCUGGUGAGUACGAGCCAUAUGUAGAGAUACCACUUAGAGCUGAGAACAUGAAUGCUGUGCGGGAAGAAUCCCGUAGAUAUGAAGCUAACAUCCCAAGAUAUCAUGAUGCUAUUGAAAAAGAUGUAGAGAAAAAAGGUAUACCAGGACCGGGUAAAUAUGAUAUCAAGGGAAACUUUGACCCUGAACCUCCAAAGGUCAACACAGAAGGUAUAGAAGUUGAGCACCCACCAUUCAUGUCACAAGCAAAGAGAUUUACUCCACUAAAGACACUGCAGCCUUCCCCAGGUAGCUACAAUGAUCCACGGAAUGCCUUUGACAGUCUUAAAAGGGUAACUGGGAUGAAGAGAAGCCCCUUUGGACAGACAUCUGUGAGGUUUACACCAAACAGGGGUACCAAACAUGUACCUGGUCCUGGUUCAUACAACAUCACAGGCAUGGGUUCAGAAAGCAUGCGUAAAGCUUACAUAGAAAGUACAAGACGAGGUGUGUUUGGUACCACUUCUGUCAGGGUUAACAACAUCACCCAGAAAGAAGCUCCGGAAUUGCCGGGCCCAAAUCAUUACCAAGUGAAGGAGAAACCAUUCCAGUCUCGCUACCAUCAUCUUUCAUCCACGUUCGCUUCAGUUACGUCGAGAUUAAAGGACGAUUUUGCCCCAGCUAAGGAAGUGCCACCACCAGGAUCCUAUGAUGUUCAAAAAUCAUAUGAGCACUCACAGAUUCACAUGGAGAGAGCAAAACCAAGAACUGAUGUAGCCAGUAGAAAACAUGGCUCAUUUAUGUCAGCUGCUUCAAGAUUUGCACCACCUAGAGACAUGGUCAUUGCUGAAUCAGACAAAGAUACUCCAGGACCAGGCACAUAUAAUCAAGGUCUCCGAGAAAAGCGUGGUAAUAUGAUGGUAACGAAAGACCAAAGGUUCCGACAAGGACUUAAAUCAGACGUUCCCGGGCCUGGUGCAUAUGAGUUUUCUCCUCUGAUACAAGACACAGUACUGAAGGGAACUUUCAAUGCCACCCUGAACAAUCCAAUUACACCUCAGAUAGACUCAGUCCACAACGCUGGAACGGCCAAACAUGCAUUCUUACUUGGAGUAUAAACAUGUGUGGAAUUACCUCCCUUUAUUGUGAAAAAAUCGUCAUAACUUUAUAUCGAGAAAUUUCAAGUCAAUAUCAGAAUGUUUUAAAUGAAAUAUAUAUUUUACAAUAUAUUUGUCUUGCUUUGAUGUAAGUGCAAAGACUUUUGAAGAGAUCAUUGAGUACACUCGAAUGAAAACAGUAUUGUUGGGAUGAAAAUUUCUGCCCUGGUUUUGUUAUUGUUUUUUUGUGACAAAAAUCUUCACCAGUUUGUUUUAUCAUAUCUACAUUUCAACAAAAAAUUGAUAUAAUUAUGUAAAAAGUGAGUGAUUGUUGUGAAAUUUUGACAUGUUAAAACACUAGUUUUCCGGUCAUGCUCUCAGCAUUGUUCACAGAUAUAUUUAUUCUUCUUCUCUCACAAACUAUUUAAUUGUUAGCUUGUUUCUAUCAAAUCUAAUUUUAGAUUAAACAUUGACAUAAAUUUUCCAAUUAGAAAUUGCUUUUUAAUGUUUUACAUGCAUAACUGUCAUAUUUUGCAGAAGUUAUAUGAAUGGAUGACUGGUUUGAAGUCUAGAAUAAUUUUAUGUGCUGUUUAAUAGAAACAAUUUAGCAAGCAUUAAUGUGGAAAACAACUUGAAUAACAUCAUUUUGACAUUUUUAGUUUUCAAAACAAAAAAUGAUGGCAGACUGAGUUUUUUUUUCUCAUAUUUUCAUAUUGUGAUUGAAUAUUGUGGCAAUAUUUAUGUAAGAGCAAUUUGACUUAGAUUGAAACAAGAUGACAUUAAAUGUUUACUUAAAAAGAAAUAUUAAAUGAAUAUCUUUUUUUUUUGAAAACAUUAGAUUUUUUUUUUUAAAUAAAAGAGAUACCUGUUUAGUUGUCAUAAUAUACAUGCUCAUAUCAACAAUGUUCACCUUGCUUUCAUUGACAUAUCAUAGGUGGAAAAUAUCUUUAAAGAUGUAAUAUCUGACGUAUGUAUAGAGAGAGUUGCUUGCCAAAGUUAUUACCAAAAAAAAAGAAAUAAGAAAUUUCAGUAAUUAAUUCAGGCUGUUUGAUAGAAACACUUGUGAUUUAAAUUAGUAAUAAAGUAAUAAAGUUGAUGAGGUGUAUAAAAAGUUAGAUGAUUCUAUCAUAGAAUUCUAGCAUCUUCAUUGCAAAUUAGACUUAUCAUUUCUUCAUGGAAAAUAAUAAACUUUUCCCAUUAACUUAAGCUGUAUAGAUUAGAUGCAUUUCUGUAAUUUAUUAUAUGAUGAAAAUUGCUUACAAAUAUUAAGGCAUACAGAUGCUUGCUAAACAUUUUGGAAGUGUGAUUUUGAAUGGUCUUUCUUUGUUAGAAUGGGGGAGGGGACUAUUCAUGGGGGGAUAAAACAAGUUGUAUAAAAGAGAGAUUUUUACUUUUGAUUAUAGUGAUUAGUAUGUAUUAUGCUUCACAAUGAAUGCUUUUAUACAUAUAUGGAAUAUUAUGAUACACCAGGACAUAUUUCUGUGAAAGUCAGUAUAACUAUGUAUAUGUCUAGAAAGAUGGUUGAAGAAAAAAAGUUUGGAAUACAUGUUUUAUGUGUAUUAGAAUGUGUUGCAGAGAACCAUUGUGUCUAUGUAGUUGAAUGAAUUAAUAUUGCAGGACAUUUUACAUUGAAUUACUAUGUCUAAAAAAAGGUCCAAAAUAUGAAUAUUUAUGUCUGAUAGACUGUUUCAAGUAACAGGGUAUAAAUUCAAUGUCUAUAAAA